GGCGUGGUAGCGAUGCUCUUGCAAUCGCUGGGAGCCUAUGACAUCAGCCAAGAACGCCUAGGAUGCCGCAGCUCCGGGCCAAACUCGGAAGAGGAGGAGGAGGAGAAGGAGGAGGAGGAGGAGGGUCCUGCCGGCCAAGAGUUAACUAGCUCCACACAGCGAAAAAGAGGGAGCUACCAGUUUCCUGGGCGACACUGAUUGUGGUCACUGGCUGACACUGGACCCCCAUACUACCAGGGGAACUCGCGCAGAGUUGGAUGAAUUCUGGGUUGUUAGCUGCCUUCAGCUGGGCUCCUGGGAGCCUGUUCCCGGUGGAAACCAGGGGACAUUUCUCGCAAAGAGACCAGCGGCUCCUUGAGAUUCAUCAUGACACUUCUGGGGUCUGAGCAUUCUUUGCUGAUUAGAAGCAAAUUCAGAUCAGUUUUGCAGUUACGACUUCAACAAAGAAGAACCCAAGAACAGCUGGCUAACCAAGGCAUAAUACCCCCACUGAAAAGUCCAACUGAAUCCCAUGAGCAAAGAAAACAUUUGGAUAGUGACAAGACUGAAGACACCCUGAAGCGCAAGGCCAGAAACAGGUCCAACAGCACUGACUUGGUUAAUAUGCACAUACUCCAAGCCUCCACUGCAGAGAGGUCCAUUCCAAGUGCUCAGAUGAAGCUGAAAAGAGCUCGCCUCACAGAUGAUCUCAAUGAAAAAAUUGCUCUCCGGCCAGGGCCACUGGAACUGGUGGAGAAGAACAUACUCCCUGUUGAUUCAGCUGUGAAAGAUGCCAUAAAAGGUAACCAGGUGAGUUUCUCCAAGCCAGCAGAUGCAUUUGCUUUUGAAGAGGACAGCAGUGAUGGACUGUCUCCAGAUCACACUCGAAGUGAAGAUCCUCAGGGCUCAGCAGGCUCCCCCUCAGACGCCAAAGCUACAGAGACCCCUUCGGCAGGUCCUCUGGGGACCAUCCAGGAUCUUACUUCCGGCUCAGAAAACGAGAGAAAUGACUCCACACCACAGCCAGACAUGGGGAAGCAGGGGCUCGGCCCACUCAAUACCUCCAUCCCUGUGCAUACGGCUGUAAAGGUACAGGGGGCUCAGUCCAAGUCUUUGGGCGACAAUAAGAACCGUCACAAAAAGCCCAAGGACCCCAAGCCAAAGGUGAAGAAGCUUAAGUAUCACCAGUACAUUCCCCCAGACCAGAAGGCAGAGAAGUCCCCUCCUCCCAUGGACUCGGCCUACGCCCGGCUCCUUCAACAGCAGCAACUGUUUCUGCAACUCCAGAUCCUUAGCCAACAGCAGCAGCAGCAGCAGCAGCAACAGCAACAGCAACAACAACAUCGAUUCAACUACCCCGGGAUUCACCAGACUCAGCUCAAGGAACCAAAUGAACAACAGAUGGUUAGAAAUCCAAACUCUUCUUCAGCACUGCUAAGCAAUACUCCUUUGUCUCCUGUCAAAACUAGUUUUUCUGGACAAACUGGUAUCUCCUCUCUCAAACCAGGCCCACUGCCAUCAAACCUAGAUGAUUUGAAGGUGUCUGAAUUAAGACAGCAGCUUCGAAUAAGGGGUUUGCCAGUGUCCGGCACUAAGACAGCGCUCGUGGACAGACUGCGACCAUUCCAGGACUGUGCGGGAAAUCCUGGGCCAAACUUUGGUGACAUAACGACUGUCACAUUUCCUGUAACGCCCGCCAAUCCUCUGUCCAGUUAUCAGUCCUCCCCUUCCACCAGUGCCUUAUCUAACGGCUUCUACCAUUUCGGCAGCACCAGUUCCAGUCCCCCUAUCUCACCUGCCUCCUCUGACCUGUCUGUCGCUGGGUCCCUGCCAGACACCUUCAACGAUGCAUCACCCUCCUUCGGCCUGCACCCGUCCCCAGUUCAUAUCUGCACUGAGGAGAGCCUCAUGAGCAGCCUGAACGGGGGUUCCCUCCCUUCCGAGCUGGAUGGACUGGACUCGGAGAAGGAUAAGAUGCUGGUGGAGAAACAGAAGGUGAUAAAUGAGCUCACCUGGAAACUCCAGCAAGAGCAGCGGCAAGUGGAGGAGUUGAAGAUGCAGCUUCAGAAGCAGAAAAGGAGCAAUGGUUCUGAGAAGAAGCCCCUGCCUUUCUUGGCUGCUCCCAUCAAACAGGAAGACAGCAUCUCCAGCUGUCCCUUCGCCUCCCAACGACUGUCUGUGAAAAUACAAAGCAAUGGCUCAGAGGGCCAACCUGCUGCUUGUGACGCCGCUCAACUCCUGUCUCUUGGGAGCGCUCAUUGUAUGGAGUCCUCAGGUCAAACCGAUGUUCUCGCUUCCACUUUUCUCAGCCCACAGUGCUCUCCUCAGCAUUCCCCACUUGGAGUGGUGAAAAGCCCCCAGCAUAUCAGUUUGCCCCCAUCGCCAAACAACCAUUACUUCCUACCCUCAUCUUCAGGAGCUCAAGGGGAAGGGCACAGGGCCUCUUCACCUGUUAACAGCCAGGUGUGCACUUUGCAGAAUUCAGGAGCACAUGAGAGUCAUCCACCAAGCUUUUCUCCUCAACCCUCCAGACGCCAUUCCCCUUUCUCUGGAGCCCAGGCAGAUAGCAGUCAUGGUGCUGGGGGAAGUUCUUGUCCCAAAAGUCCAAGUGUACAGCAAAAGAUGGCUGGUUUACACUCUUCUGAUAAAGCAGGGCCAAAAUUUUCCGUUCCUUCCCCAACGUUUUCAAAAUCAACUUCAGUUGUUUCAGACCUAGCACAACCUCCGUCCUAUGAAGAUGCAGUAAAGCAGCAAAUGACUCGGAGUCAGCAGAUGGAUGAACUCCUAGAUGUCCUCAUUGAAAGUGGAGAAAUGCCAGCUGAUGCCAGAGAGGAUCGCUCCUGCCUUCAGAAAGUCCAAAAAAUACCUGGGUCUUCACGAAGUCCUCCUGCAGCUCUGCCCAAGCCCACAGGGCCCUUCGAGCAAGUAGCCUCAGGAGGCCAGCUGUCAUUUGAUCACUAUGGCACUGACAGUGACAAGCACCUUGAAGUCUUAUUAAAUUCCCAGAGCCCCUUAGAAAAGGUGAGCGACGUCACCCUUCUCAAACUUGGGAGUGAAGAGCCUCCUUUUGACGGCAUCAUGGAUGGAUUCUCCGGAAAGGCUGCAGAAGAUCUUUUCAACGCACAGGAGAUCCUGCCUGGCCCCCUCUCCCCCAUGCAGACUCAAUUCUCACCUUCUUCUGUGGACAGCAACGGGCUGCAACUAAGCUUCACUGAAUCUCCCUGGGAGACCAUGGAAUGGCUGGACCUGACUCCACCAAAUUCUACAGCAGGUUUCAGUUCUCUUUCCACCAGUGGCCCCAGUAUCUUUAAUAUUGAUUUUCUGGAUGUCACAGAUCUCAAUUUGAAUUCUCCCAUGGACCUUCACUUACAGCAGUGGUAGAAUGUCUGAAUCAAAAGUGCUGAGGAAAACCAAAAAAAGAAUUCCACGGGAGAAGCACAUGAUUCUAAACACUUUAUCCAAAAGGAAGGUGGAGAAGGAAAAAGGAGAAGAGGAACAUUAAAGAAAGCAAUGGAGACUUCUGGAACAAUUAAUAAAAACAAAAUAGGGCCACAUAGAUAUAUAUAAUUUACCAACAGCCAGUAACUGUUUGUGAUUUCAGAAAUGCAUUCAAUAUAUACUUUCUCAAAUUAAGAAUACAAAACAAAAUUCACUACCUUUUCAAAUAUGAAACUUUUUUCUAGUUCAUAAUUUUUCUCAAGCAUUUCAGGGCAUAAUCUUAUAAACUUUUUACAUGGAUUUUUUUAUACAAUCUGUGGAAAUAUGUAAACUGUUGUGGGAGUAUGGAAUCCAGUUUAUCAAAGAUUCUGGUAGAUACACUAGGAUAGAUCCUAUUUCUCAUCUCUCCAUUACCUGUCCUUUAAGAUAAAAGUCAUAUCCCGUUUCAGUUAGGGGAAUUGAAGGCAUAGGAAUAGAGAGAGAACAUUCCCAGAGAAGUGAAAUCAAUUCAGUGUCCAUUCACCACAAAGCUGGUCCCACUGGAAUGAUUUCAAUUUGUACCCUUAGAUCUGUGAUCAUUAUAAUAACUCACCUACAUCUAGUCCAAAGGACCCCUGCCAAGAACUUUGUAAACCAGCAGCAGACCCUUCCCGCUCUCUCUGUGGUGAAAAACAUUGUAAACAAGCAGGAAUCCCAAAGCAAAAAACAAAGAAACAAACAAAAAAUCCUUAUAUGGAAGGUUUUCCAACACAAUCUUUGUCAGUUCUAAAGACUAGAGACGACCAGGUUAAAGAAUUUGUAAGGAAACUACAUCAGGGAUGAUUCAGCCAAGACUACAGAAUGUCUUACAUUCAUAGCAAUAAAUACCAUGGUCACUCUUAACAAGAUGAUCUUUGGAGGUCAAUUUUUUUUAUUUGUUUGUUUGUUUGUUUUCUUACUGGGAGGUGACAGUCUGCCUGAGUUUGUCUUUCUCCCAUUGUACUUUGUGUUCAAGAUACCAGUUCUUUCUUGCUUCUAUCUUGAGGAUCUUUUUUUGCCCCCAACACUGAGAGAUAAACUUUUCAGGUCUAAUAAGCUGCCAUCCUCCUAAUAACACCAUAUCCUAAAACAAAAUACUAAAAAUUCAGAUUCUCUUAUAGAAUGCAUUCUCGAUCUGCAUAAUUUGCUGCAAAAUAUAAGCUUAAAAAAAAUCCUUAGAGAAAAUGAGCAGUUCUGUCCAUCAGUCAUUGAACUUAUUCCACCUUCACUUGAUUUACAGUAAUCUUUCAUUUAGGUUACAAUAAGAAAAUUGGAAAUCACUUUAGUAUAAAGAUAAGUAUGAAUUAUACUUAUGAGAGAGUAUUUUAGAUCUGAGUUUCUGAGAGAAAAUAAUUUCACAUUGUAAACAAACAGAAGAAAAGAAAGGCAUUCCUCAAAAUCUCUCAUGCUUUUCUCUGAGAGAUUUAAAAAAGAAAAGAAGAGAGAAAAAAGAAAAACUCAGUGCAGUCUCUCUAAGACUCACUGUGGCCUUGACUCACUGUUUUAUAGUGUUGCAUGUUGUAGAAAGUAGCCCUGGCUUUUUUAAGAUUUUAAAUCACUAAGGCACUGUUUUCUUCUUUUGUAAAAAUGAUGUUCACUGUGCACUUCUGCAAAGAUAACAGAAAUGUUGUGAUUUUUGAUGUUUUUUUUUAUAAACCAAAGAUUUAGUAAGUCAUUCCAUUGUUAACUUGUAAACAUGUGUGAACACAGAGUGUUUUUGGUUAUUGCUACUUUGAAAACUGCCAGAUCUUAUUCUGUGGGAUAUAUGUAUAUGUAUAUGUACACCCUUAUAGGUAUACAUAUCUCAAAAAAAAAAAAAAAAAGCAGUCUUCCAGAGUUAUAUGCCAAAAACCUUUAAGCCUCAAUCUGCUGUGAAAUGAUACUUGGCCUUUCUCACUCUUGAGUUUCUGAUUAACCAACCAGACUACACGUUGCCUCUCUGUGUAUGACUAAUGGCUCCAACAGGAUGAUUUAGCCAUUUGCUGACCAUGAACUAUUCCAUCUUGACAAUGAGCAUGGAUGUGAAAAGACAGAACAGCUUCUCCGUUCGUAGCUAGAAAUGGCAGUGCCAUCUCUUUUGGAAGAGCACAAUUGGAACGUGAAUGCUUUACAUUCCUUGACUUGCACUGUAUCAUAAAAGAUUCACCUGGGAAACUUUCUAUUUUGUUUUUGUCAGCCAUUAGAGCAAAAAUAUAGAGGGGAAAACUGUCAGGUUUUGUUUUUUAAUGAAACUAUGAGGAAGAAAAAUCUAAUGAAUACAUUCCUCACUUUUGUGUAUUCCUCAGAUAUUGAAGUUUUAAUUUGAAUCGUGACAUAGCUCACUUGAUAGUACAUUUUUCAUAUGUCAUGUGCUAAGAACUAUUCCCCACUCCCCUUACUUCUUUUGGAAAACAAGCUCACUCUGUCCCUUCUCUUAGAUAUUGGCUUGAGUGCUCAUUUGUCCCUUGGAGUAUUUCUACUUAAAGGAUUUGGCUUAAGAGGUCUGAGGACUUUGCAAGAAGUACAUUUUCAUUGGGAUCCUUUUAGAGUAACAACUGCAACAGAUACACUUGCCUCACAAUAGACCAGAGAAAUAAAAGGGUUCCCAUUUGCUACUGCAAUUCAACACACUUAAUGUAAGAUGAUUGAUUUCAAUCUCCAUGCUCCAUUUUCCUUCUCCGUGGCUCCUUUGUGAGACUUGGGGGAUGAAACUGGGAGAAAACUGGUAAAAAUGAUAUAGUCAUAUUAAUUCAUUUGUCUCUUAUGGGAAAUUUUUAUUUGAAGUCUUUAUAAACUUCAUUUCUGGUGAAAAAUUGUACAUGACUAAAAAAGUUCUUAAUGUCUUAGAUGCUAAUAAUGAUGACACGUAGUUUUCUUAGAACUCUUGCAAUCUCAGUGAAAAACAAGCAAAACCCUACAGAGUUGUUGUAGCCACUACCAUUAUUAAAAGUCAUGCUUCUAACAAUCUUAAUGAAGCAACAUCACUGUCUUAAAAGGAAAGUGAGAAGAGAAGUAAGGAGAAAGAAAGGAAGGGAAGAAAGAUUCAACUUCUUGAUCUACAAACUUCUAAGUUCAAUGAACACAUAGUGUUAUGAAAAGCAAGCCACAAAUAUUUAACUGAGAAGCUGUUCCUUGCAGUGCAGUGGAUGCACCAGCCAAUUAGGGAAGCUAGAGAUUCAUCUCUUAGACAAAGAUCUGUCGGCUGAGACCUUUGCCUUUGAAAAAUGUUUCUUUCUAUUCUGAAAAAAAAAGAAGGAAAGAAAGGAAGGAAAGAAGGUAGGAAGGAAGGAAGGAAGGAAGGAAGGAAGGAAGGAAGGAAGGAAGGAAGAAAAAUAAAAAUCUAUCCAAAUGUGAAAGUCCUUUUAAGAACAUAUUUGGGAGUCGGGCUGUAGCGCAGCGGGUUAAGCGCAGGUGGUGCAAAGCACAAGGACCAGCAUAAGGAUCCCAGUUCGAACCCCGGCUCCCCACCUGCAGGGGAGUCGCUUCACAGGCGGUGAAGCAGGUCUGCAGGUGUCUAUCUUUCUCUCCUCCUCUCUGUCUUCCCCUCCUCUCUCCAUUUCUCUCUGUCCUAUUCAACAACGACAACAAUAAUAAUAAUAACUACAAUAAUAAAACAACAAGGGCAACAAAAGGGAAUAAAUAAAUAAAAUAAAUAUAAAAAAGAACAUAUUUAUUUGAAACUUUUAUCAACACUUCUAGAAACAAACAUUCUCUGAAUGAAAACUCUGACAUCAAAUUUACUGAUGUAAUGGAUAGUUGUUUGGUGUAUAGCCUGGGACAAUUAUAGCUUUUCAGACAUCAGAAACCAAAUUGAGUCAAUAUAAGUAGCUCAAACUUUGAAUGAGUGGGGGACUGAAAUUCCUAUAAGCAAGAACUCUAGGAAUUUCCCAGUUCUCAAACUACAAACCCUCAAGCUAUUGUUUAAAAAAGAAAGAAAGAAAGAAAGAAAGAAAGAAAGAAAGAAAGAAAGAAAGAAAGAAAGAAAUGAAUGAGAUCUUCAUUUUCCCAGGAGGCUAUAGGACACCUUUUUAUCUAGAAGUUAUUUCCUACACUAACAUUUUUGUUUUGCCUCUUUCUUAUGUAACUAAACAAAGCAUGUAUCACUAGGGGAAUCUUUCAAUAUAUCCUAUUAAAGUAUCUGUGUUUUCUGAUUUACUUUAAUUUCCAGAUAUAACUCCCCCCCAUACACACCUUGAAAAUCAGAAGAGAGAAGACAUUUAAUUCUUAUACAUAACCUCAAUUUUUAUAACACACUCUCUACACACAAGGGAGGCAUUUACUGUGUGUGGAAGAAGCAUGUCCCUAAUGAGCUUUUUAUCCCUUCACAGAAUAACUGAGAGUGUAAAGACAUUAUGACUCUCAUCUCCAGGUCUCUGCUACAUUCUUCACAGUGGGAAACCUCACAGACUCCAGCACAGUUUAAUUUUAGCUACAAGAAAACUUGGAGUGAAGAAUCCAGGGUUUUCAUUUUUCCAAUAAACCCACCACACACCAGCAAAGUGGUUCAGAAAUUGUCUGUGGUUUAUUAGAAAGAUGGAACCCUAGAAAACAGAGACUGGGGCCUGAAACAAGAUUGUCCUAUAUGUCUAAUGACGGUCAGGUUGUGUGAAAGAGCCAGGUUCAAUUCUAGAAUCCAGAGUUUUCAGACGUGCUCCUCAGUGAGGUUGAGACUAAGCAAUGUUAAGACAGGGAGAGAUCUGAGGGGAAAAAAUGAUCUCCCUCCAGAGAAAGUGUAAUAGGAUUCAAGGGAUUUAAUAGCAAGUGAGUAAGUUUGCUUCCGAUUCUAAGAUUUGGUGACUUCCUCUGUGGAUGAAGACAUACACACUCCUGAAUAUUUCUCAUGCUUGUUUUUAACCACUAGCCUCCAUCAUGAAUACUGUCAAUAGGAGUCUUUUAUUCAUGGUUUGCUAGCUUCCAAGUGUCUGUGGGGGUGAGAGGAUAUAAUGAUGGGAAUCCUAGAUAUAGUUUUAAUGUUUUCCAAAGGAAGAGAACCUAACUGCUCCCCAGAGCUCCUUUUCAAAAGACCCACAAAGAAAGAAGGCAGAUUAUUGCUAGGUUCUUGAAACUCUCCCUUGGUGAAACACAAAGAGGCACUUUGUAAAGACAUUAAAGACGCAAAUAUAUGUGUCUGUGGGGAGCCGGUGUGGUGUUGUUUUCAAGUUUGUCUUCUUUGCUCAACUAUGUAGAAUCAGAAAGAAAUGUGAUUUAUUAGGAAAUGAAAAGAAGCAAUGGCUAAAAUACCAAAGUUGGCAUGUGUUCUUUUAAAAAUAUAUAUAUAUAUUUUUAAAUAAAAUGUUUAUUUUAAAAAGA